UUUAUUUGAGGACCAAACCCGAGCCCUAAUCGCUGACCCAUGGCUUCCUUCUCCAUCUCCCCUUCCUCGUCCUCAUCCUUCACCUCGAGAUCUCGCUGCCUCUGCUCCAAGCCCCGCCCCUCCAAGCCCUUCCUCCUCCUCCUCGCCUCCCCCUACCGUACCGCUCUCUCAUCUUCCUUCCCCUCCUCGGUGCGUGUCGGCAUCGCCCUCAGAUGCCCGAGCCUUAGGGUUCCUCCGUCUUCGUCCAUCCGCGCCAGCGUGCAGGUUCCGGAGGGAAUCCGGCCGGGGAGCGGGGUGGAGACGGACAAGCUGCCCUCCGAUGUGCGCGACCGCGCCGUGGAGGCCGUGGAUUAUUACGGUGGGAGGGUCACGAUUGGAGAUGUGGCGAGCAAGACUGGGCUUAAGCUGAACGAAGCUGAGAGAGCUCUGCAGGCACUCGCUGCGGAUACUGGUGGAUUCUUGGAGGUUUCAGAUGAAGGUGAUGUUCUUUAUGCUUUCCCAAAGGAUUAUCGCUCAAAUCUUGCUGCAAAAUCUUUUAGGAUGAAAGUUGAACCUUUUAUAAACAAAAUGAAGGCAGCAGCAGCAUAUCUAAUCAGAGUUUCCUUUGGCACUGCACUUAUUGCCUCGAUAGUCCUUGUAUAUACAACAAUCAUUGUGCUUAUUUCUUCUAGUCGGAGUGACACCGAAGACAAUCGUGGUAGACGAGGAGGAAGAUCAUAUGGCUCUGACUUCGCUGUUAUCUUUCAUCCGACUGAUUUGUUCUGGUACUGGGAUAUAAAUUACUACCGGAGGCGGCAGAUGAAGAAAGAUGGUGGAAUGAACUUUGUUGAAUCUGUUUUCUCAUUUGUAUUUGGUGAUGGGGAUCCAAAUCAAGGACUUGAAGAAGAGAGGUGGAAGCUGAUAGGACAAUAUAUUUCCUCAAAUGGUGGUGUUGUUGCAGCGGAAGAACUCGCUCCAUAUCUUGAUGUACCACCUAUUGAAGAAACACAGGAUGAUGAAUCAUUUGUCCUACCUGUACUCUUGCGGUUUCAGGGGUAUCCAGAAGUGGAUGACCAGGGCAACAUACUUUAUCGGUUUCCAUCAUUGCAACGAACUGCUUCAUCUCAAAGAGCUGGUAGAAAGGAGUAUGUUGGCAAAAGGUGGACUGAGUGGGUUAAUGGUGUUGAGAAAUAUUUUGAGGAGAAGAAGUGGCUAUUCAGUAAAACAGGGGCUUCAGAGAAAGCAAUGGUUAUAGGUUUGGGAGCACUUAAUUUUUUUGGAAUCAUUGUCCUUGGUAGCAUGCUAAAGGAAAUAUCUGUUGCGCCUGGUGGACUGGUUUCUUUUGUUUCCCAGUUAUUUCCUCUACUACAGAUAUAUGCUUCAUCUUUUUUCGCAAUACCUUUAUUUAGAUGGUUCCUGCUGCUGAAGACUAACAAAGAUAUUGAGAAGAGGAACGGAGCCAGGAAACAGCGAGCUCAGAUACUUGAUUUGCCAGAUCCAUCUUUAAGAAGAAAGUUGCUGAAUGCUCGAGAUAUGGCACGGCGAACGGUAAUAAGUUCAGACAGGAUAGUCUAUACUACCGAGAAGGAUUUCUUGGACCAAGAUUAUGAGACUAGAGAUUGGGACGAGAGAUUUAGAGAACUUGAAAAAUGAGACUGACGAAGCAAGAGAUUGUUUCCGCUUGAUUCUGUAUAUUGCAGCAUGUUCUUGUUGCUGUUCUUUCUCCACCUAGGAAGACUGCAAUUACUCUCGGCAUUGCCAGUUAAAUUAAUUGUCAACAUGAAAUUGAAGCUUACCCUGCAACAGGCCUUCCCUCUGUUUCUCUCAUUCCAGUGGGGAUGGCUUUUAAUUUGGAAAUUUGUUCAUAGCUUUACAAUGUAUGUUGCAACUUCCAAUUGAUGCUGCAUCACUUUUUUACCGCAAAAUACAUUUGUAUAUAUUGUUAAUCAGAUGCUAAAGCAAUAUUCAUAUCCAAAAGCUUAUAGUUUGUUGU